GGGGAAGCAUCCAGCUCCAAACUUAGUGCCUCUAACGCUUGGAAGACAUGGAUCUAUGAGAAAAGGUAACUCAGGAAAGCGCUGCGGAUUCGGAGCUGACGCCCCAGCCUUCCAGGAGAGCCGCCAGGGCUGAGCGUGCGGGCUUGGAGCGGAGCCGCGCUCCUUCGGGAACGCCAUGGCCAGGGCCCGGAGCCGGCACGGCCCUUGGGGUGCCCUGCUGCUGCUGCUGCUGCUGCUGCACGCGGGCGGCUGCCAGGCGCAGAGGGACUGCACGGGCGCCGAGUGCCAGGCGCUGGAGAACUGCAUCGAGGACGUGCUGGAGCCCGGCGAGUGCUGCGCCACGUGCCUGCAGCACGGCUGCACCUGCGAGGGCUACCAGUACUACGACUGCGUCAACGUGGGCUUCGUCAACGGCAAGGUGCCCGAGGGGCAGUCCUACUUCGUGGACUUCGGCAGCACCGAGUGCUCGUGCCCCAAGGGAGGCGGCAAGAUCAGCUGCCAGUUCAUGCUGUGCCCCGAGCUGCCCCCGAACUGCAUCGACGCCGUGGUGCCGGCGGACGGCUGUCCGCAGUGCGGCCGCAUCGGCUGCCUGCACCAGGGGCAGAAGUACGUGGCGGGGCACACCUUCCACAUGCCCCCCUGCAAGGUGUGCCACUGCCCCAACGCCGGCGGGGAGCUGAUGUGCUACCAGCUGCCCGACUGCGACGCCUUCCCCUCGCACACGGCCGGUCCCGGGGACGCCGAGGACGGCGAGCCCGAGAGGCACUACGACGAUCCCUACAGCUACGACCAGGAGGCCUCCGAGGCCGACGGCACCCAGGUGGAGUCUCCGAAGAAGUACGGCGGGUACUCGUCCCACCCGGAGCACGAGAGCCUCAGCCGGGAGCAGGGCGAGGACUACGACUACCCGGCGGCCAGCGUGGCGCCCUCGGCCCGGCCCCAGGCCGAGGGCACGGCCGCGGCGCCCGCGGGCAGCGCCGAGCCCCGCCGCAGGCUGCCCCGCACCACCGCGCCCUCCCUGCGGCAGGCGACGCGCCACCAGGCGCCGGCCACCACCGGGGCUCCUCCGCAGCACGCCACGGCCGCCACCGAGCCGCCCCCGCGCCCGGAGGAGGAGAGGAGGCCGAAAGGGAGCAGGGAGAGGCACGAGCAAGAGAGAGCCCCGCACUCUAAGAUGAAAAAGCAUGCCAGGAAGGAAGAGCCAGAGAGCAGCACGUAUCAGGGCUUGAAGGAGGUGAACUUCACGGAGCCGGGCCCAACGAGAUCGUCCCGUGAAAGCCUCGAGGGGAAUGGGUUCCCCAAGGUGAAGUUCAGCGCCACCACCUCUCCUCCCGUUGCUCUGGAGGAGGAGCGCAGCCCGUCGUCCCCGCGGCAGUCGCAGACGCUGUACCGUUACCACCCCGAGGAGGACGGCGACCCCAACUCCAUCCACGCUAACCCCAGGCUGCCUGAAGGUUCCACGAAGGAGCUGAUUGAGAGCUGCUGUGGGGCUGGCCAGCAGUGGGCUAUAGACAACGGGGAGUGCACAGAGAUCCCUGUAAGUGGAACGGACGGUGAUAUUUGCAGCCCCGGGCCGGGGGUGCCCUGA